CGCGUGCGCAGAAAGGCUGAGGAGGUCCACGGGGCGGUAACGCUGUAGCAAGUCUCUCCUGGUCCCCGGCUUCACGCGGAUUUUCACCGAUCGGGGAUAAGAGGCUACUGGACUCCACGCUUUGGUCGCCAACCUUCUUGCGAACAGAGCGAGGCGACAGCAGCGAACCGGGUCCCACCAUGGCCGCGAAUGAGUCACUAGGCUGAGUGAAGAAGAAAGAUCUGAAGAUAGUGGGGUGGAACAGGAAGGCAACAGAACUGUUAAUCAGUGUAACAACAACAGUACCUGUAAGGAAAGUGCUGUUACCUUCUGCAUUUUAUAAUAUUCCAGUCCAGGUCCCAGGAGAGAACAUGUCAAAAUUACGACCAGCCCCCAGCCAGGCUUCCUGGAGCGGCUGAGCGAGACCUCGGGCGGGAUGUUUGUGGGGCUCGUGACCUUCCUGCUCUCCUUCUUCUUAAUUUUCACCAAUGAGGGCCGUGCAUUGAAGACGGCAACCUCGCUUUCCGAAGGGCUGUCACUUGUGGUGUCCCCUGACAGCAUCCACAGUGUGGCUUCUGAGAAUGAAGGGAGGCUGGUGCACAUCAUUGGAGCCCUGCGGACGUCCAAGCUUUUGUCUGAUCCAAACUAUGGGGUCCAUCUUCCGGCUGUGAAACUGCAGAGGCACGUGGAGAUGUACCAGUGGGUAGAAACUGAAGAGGACAGGGAGUACACUGAGGACGGGCAGAUGAAGAAGGAGAGGAGGUACUCCUACAACACGGAAUGGAGGUCAGAAAUCAUCAACAGCAGAAACUUCGACCGAGAGAUUGGCCACAAAAACCCCAGUGCAAUGGCAGUGGAGUCAUUUACAGCAACAGCCCCAUUUGUCCAAAUUGGCAGGUUUUUCCUCUCAGCAGGCCUCAUUGACAAAAUUGACAACUUUAAGCCACUGAGCCUGGCCAAGCUGGAGGACCCUCAUGUGGACAUCAUUCGUCGGGGAGACUUUUUCUACCACAGUGAAAACCCCAAGUAUCCAGAGGUUGGAGACCUGCGUGUCUCCUUUUCCUACGCUGGACUGAGUGGCGAUGACCCUGACCUGGGCCCAGCUCAUGUGGUCACUGUGAUUGCCCGGCAGCGGGGUGACCAGCUAGUCCCAUAUUCUACCAAGUCUGGAGACACCUUGCUGCUCCUGCACCACGGGGACUUCUCAGCAGAGGAGGUAUUUCAUAGAGAACUAAAGAGCAACUCCAUGAAGACGUGGGGCCUGCGGGCCGCCGGCUGGAUGGCCAUGUUUAUGGGCCUCAACCUCAUGACACGGAUCCUUUAUACUCUGGUGGACUGGUUUCCUGUCUUCCGAGACCUAGUCAACAUUGGUCUGAAAGCUUUUGCCUUCUGUGUGGCCACCUCGCUGACCUUGCUGACCGUGGCUGCUGGCUGGCUCUUCUACCGGCCCCUGUGGGCCCUCUUCAUUGCCUGCUUGGCCCUGGUGCCCAUCAUCAUUGCUCGGACACGGGUGCCAGCCAAAAAGCUGGAGUGAAACACGUCUGGCACCCACACAACACUGCGUGAACCCCAGAACCCACCCCUCGUCUCUGACUCAACUCCAUGCCUGAGCAAGAGCCUGGGUCAGUUUGGGAUCCUGCACCUCUCCUCUCUUCAAGGGGCCAGACUUGCAGCACGCACAUUGCAUUUGGUGUUCCCCCGUCCCUUUUCUUGCCAGUAGGCAACUUUGAUAGGCAGAAACGGCUUGCGAAUGGCAGCUUAAGGAGCUCCUCCUGCUGGUUUUCUUCCUUUCUCUUGGGACUAUUUCCGUUCUUCUCAGCUACUCUGUCAGCAGGUGAGGAUAUAGAGGAGCUCCACAGGGGCAUGCUGGUCAGGGGCUCAGCCUUGCUGCUUGCGUCUUCUCAUCACUGAAGAAGAGUGCCAGCACUCUGCCACAACCACCGACCACGUCCCUACUCCUAGAAGCCUUUAGCCACUGUUGGAAAGCAGAGCUGGAUUACCAACACACGGACUAAGCAUGUACCCUGCAAAGCAGGCACACUGGAAACAAGUUUGUGGCUAGAACUUGACUUGGCACUUAAGAAAUACUGAAGAUGUCAUGAUGAGAAAAACUGGACAUUUGUUGGGCUUUAUACUUAUUUCAUGGCUUGGCAGCUUUUUAGUGUGUAGGAUCUUCAAAGGCCCUAUUUAAGUUUUUGUUCUUUGUUACUUUGCUGCCUCUUCUAUACUUUGCCCAAGAGGGACUUAUAUGAAACAAAACCCACCUGAGUGAUUAACAUUUCAGACUGUUACAGGAAACCCCCUUUAAAGCACCAAUUGGAUUUAAUUGAGAACACAGAAAGGUGUUUCAGUUGAGGUGCAGCUUAUAUAACAAGUUACCUGUCAGUAUUCUGGGUCACUGAGAAGCUUUAAAGAGGAUGCUUUUGAAACAAGUGUUAGCAAAAGGAUUUGUUUCCACUAUCAGAGAUGAGGAACCUCUAUGGGGGGAGAAGAGCAGUUCCUUUCAUCAUCUGGCAUCAGAAACUACCUAUGCACUUCAAGAUGGUUUUGCGUUUCUGGUCAGUUAUUAAAAGAAAAGGUUGGAAGCUUUAUCCUAAGUAGGCACCUUCAUAGAGACCCCAGUGACCCAAAAUCAAGAAUUUGAAGUCUAAGGCUUGCCGAAGAGUGCCCACCUCUGGCCUUGCUCCUUCCAUCAUGGGGCCUGCACCUGGGCCUCAAGUGCUGCUUCUGAGUGGUUAAGUGUCCAUAGCUUUACUCCUUUUAAAUAAAAUCCGUCUAUACCUAAAUCACAUAAUUUCUCAGUUUCCCAACUGCUCUCACAGCCUUUUAAAGUAUGUUAUAAUUAUGAUUUCUUAAAAGAUUCUUUGUAUACCCUUUAUCUGUGUUCAGAAAUUGUUUUGUACUUGCUAGAAGUGGUUGCUUUAGCAACUAAGUAUUUGGUAGCCAUAUAAGAGGUCAGGGUUUCUGAAACUAGCAAUCUAUAAUAAUCUCUCUUAUCCUGGGAUAUCUGUGCUAUAAAUUGAGAUUCUUCAAGUUAGAAAAUGCAGCCAGCCUGAGGUGAUUUAUCUGAGGUUCAGGAUUGAAAUGGUACUCACUACUGCUUAUUAAAUGAGCAAUUUCAUCAAAUCUCUAGAACUCCUAAAGGAUGCUUUUGGAAAACAGACACAGUAUACCUAGAUGAUGAGUAUACCUAGAUGAUGGCUAAAUACAAAAUUCUUGGAAUUUGGUUUGUAUAAUUUUUCUAAUAUGAAUUUUAAAUUACUGCCAACUUCAAAAAGUGUUCUUAAAAUGCAAAAUAAUGUUAAAAAUAUGAAGCCUUUGGAGAAAUUUGUAUAAUCUUAUUUUUGAUAAAAAUUUGAAAUAAAUUUUUAAACGUCUUCUAGUAUGAC